AUGUUAAGAAAAAAAAAUUAUCAGAACAAUGUCCAUGUCCUUGUUCUUCCAUACCCAGCACAAGGCCACAUUAGCCCUCUCGUUCAAUUUGCAAAAAGAUUAGCCUCAAAAGGUGUGAAGGCCACAAUUGCCACCACCCAUUACACAGUGAAGUCCAUCACCGCACCCAACAUUGGCGUCGAACCAAUCUCUGAUGGGUUCGACGAGGGUGGCUUUGCCCAAGCCAGAAACGUUGAACUUUUUCUGAGUUCAUUCAGGACCAAUGGUUCAAGAACACUGUCUCAGCUUGUUGAAAAGUUUCAAAGCACUAGUUCCCCUGUCACUUGCAUUGUCUAUGACUCUUUUCUUCCAUGGGCUCUUGAUGUAGCCAAGCAACAUGGCAUUUAUGGAGCCUCUUUCUUCACGAAUUCAGCUGCUGUUUGCAACAUUUUCUGCCGCAUACACCAUGGUUUAAUUGAGCUUCCUGUGAAUUUGGAAGACCUACCCUUGUUGGUUCCUGGCCUUCCUCCAUUGAAUUGUCAAGAUCUUCCAAGUUUCAUAAGGUUUCCUCAAAGUUACCCUGCUUACAUGGCUAUGAAAUUGAGUCAGUUCUCUAAUUUGAACCAUGCUGAUUGGAUGUUUGUCAACACUUUUGAAGCAUUAGAAAGCGAGGUGGUGGAAGGCCUAACUGAGCUCUGUCCAGUUAAGUUGAUAGGUCCAAUGGUCCCUUCUGCUUAUUUAGAUGGGAGGAUUAAAGGGGACAAAGGAUAUGGAGCAAGUUUGUGGAAGCCACUAAGUGAAGAAAGCAUCAAGUGGUUGGAAUCAAAGCCACCUCAGUCUGUGGUGUAUAUCUCCUUUGGAAGCAUGGUAUCUUUGACAGCAGAACAAAUGGAAGAGGUGGCUUGGGGAUUGAAGGAAAGUGGAGUGAGUUUCUUGUGGGUUCUAAGAGAAUCUGAGCAAGGUAAAUUGCCUAAUGGGUUCAUAGACUUGAUAAAAGAAAAGGGUUUAAUUGUCACAUGGUGCAACCAACUUGAAUUGCUGGCUAACCAAGCCAUUGGGUGCUUUGUGACCCAUUGUGGUUGGAAUUCCACACUUGAAACUUUGAGCCUUGGGGUUCCGGUGGUGUGUUUGCCACAGUGGGCUGACCAAUUGCCUGAUGCUAAAUUUUUGGAGGAAAUAUGGGAGGUUGGUGUGAGACCCAAGGAAGAUGAGAAUGGAGUUGUGAGGAAGCAAGAAUUUGUCAAAAGUUUGAAGGUAGUAAUGGAGGGUAAAAGAAGCCAAGAGAUCAGAAGGAAUGCCAAUAAAUGGAUGAAGUUGGCUAGGGAAGCAGUUGAUGAAGGAGGAAGCUCUGACAACAACAUUGAUGACUUUGUAAAUAGUUUGAUGAAUGCAGAUAAGAUUGGAAAUCUGAAUGGCUAG